AUUGUCGAAUCCCUAGGUGCCAAAUUGACAAUAGUUCUAUUUAGCGAGUAGUUCCUACAGGCCAGUCUAUUGGUCAGUCUGUUCUGAGCCUCCGAACUCGCAACUUUUUCAUGGUUUCCCAACACCUUCAUCGUUAUAUCUUAAUUAUUAAUCAAAAAGUAGAUUUAGAAAGGUACUAGAACAACCAUUGCUCAUAAAUAGCCUAAACCGGUGGAGCGUCGAAGUCCAACGGAGCAAUCCACAUUUGAAAAUCUCCUGAAAAUGAUCAGAUCUUGUUCCAACACUUCUGGAUCACCUCUGUCACAGCCAAGCGCUAUGUCCACUGGGGCAAUCGAACAAGACACCAUGCACAACCACGAGACUGAGAUCAAAAAAGAUGAAGGUUCUGCGAGCCCAACUGACUGCGUUAAAGCAGAAAUGAAGGACCAAACUAAAGACCCAAACGUAAAGCCCCCGUACUCGUACGUAGCUCUCAUUGCGAUGGCGAUCCGUGAAUCCGCGGAGAAGAGGCUGACGCUCAGCCAAAUAUACCAAUAUAUUAUGAGAAAGUUUCCAUUUUAUGAAAAGAAUACUAAAGGCUGGCAAAACUCUAUUCGACACAACUUAUCGUUGAAUGAGUGUUUCAUCAAGGUCGCCCGCGAAGGUGGCGGCGAGAGAAAAGGAAACUAUUGGACUCUUGACCCGACUUGCGAGGAUAUGUUCGAAAAGGGAAACUACAGGCGCCGACGUAGAAUGAAACGGCCAAACCGUCAACUAGCACUUCAGCCUGAUAAUGGCUUAAUUUCAACCUAUCCAAGAGGAACUCCGUAUAACUUCAUACAACCCAAAUGGUCUCCGUACAAUCAAGUACAGUCGGCCGUAGUAGCAGCGGCGGGAGGUUUACGCACGGCUCAAGCUACAGGACCUCUUGGGUAUCCCUGCAAUACUGCAUCGGCUAGAGUUCCUCCAGGUUAUCCGUAUAUGAACAUGGGGACGAGUGUACCAGUCAGUACAUACACUGGAACUCAGUAUACUUCUCAAAUUCAGACUCCAGUUAAUAACCAAUGUGGGUAUCCAUCGGUGGGAAUGGCCAACGUAGGAUAUCACGCCAGACAGGACCGCACAACGAUGCAUCAUUGUUCACCAGCAUUCUGGAGUCCACCAGAAAAACAUCAAGCGUACGAUGUUCCACCUCGAUCGUGAAGACUUGUCAGUGAAUCAAUGUAGUGGUUGUCACGCCAACAUGUUAUUUAUGUCAUUUUACCACUGGUAUCAGCAUAGAGGACCCUUGAGAUAUCAACUCGAUGCAGGCUAGUAAAUUUGCAAUACUAUGGACACAAAUUCUGCAUGGUUUUCUGAAACUUUAAAAAUAUUUUCAUUUCGAUUCCAAGGCUUUAUUUUUCACAACGUAUAGCAUAGUUCGUUGACUUUUCCAAAAUUGUACUUGAAUUUUAUAGCUAUUAUUAUCAAAGCAUAUAUAGUGUUGAAUAGAUAUAAUUUCACACCUUAUUAGAUAUGAUAUAAACUAGAAAGGUGCGAAGAUAUAGUGUCAAAGCGUUAUUUACAGUACACUGGAGGCGUUAAACGCCAAUCUACAGUCAUUAGAUUAUACAUCGCUUCGUGUGACUUCACUAGUAUAAGACUACAGUAUUGUAUUCGRCUAUGCAACCUAGUUGUUAUGCUCUUAUAGAUCUUGUUUUAUAUUUAUAAUUAACUCAUUUGAUUCGAACAGAUUUCUUUCCUCCAGUCGUACAAUACUUCGUUGUGUUUUUGAGUCAAAUUUGAGGAAGGUGCAUAUAAAAUAUAUAUAGAUUUUAUUCUUAUUCAAUGGAGUGAAACACAGUUUUCUAUUCCUAUAGAAAGAAGAAAAGAGAAAAAAACAAACAAACAAUAAACACUAUGAACACAA